AUGGUGGAAAGGCAAGAUCCAUAUGCGCUGCCAUCACCGGAAAUUCUUCAGGAAAUUGAACGACGUCAGACGGAGAAUGAACGCUCCUCACGACAAAAGCGGGCAGAGAGCAUCACGGCUUCGGAGGAGCAGAUUAAUGCCGCCAAAAUCAUUCAAAGGAAUUAUCGCGGUCAUCGUACAAGGCGGGCGCUCAACGGCCAUGGUUUAGACCCAGGAACAAGAUGGUUGGAGGUAUGCAAUGCAUAA